AUGUGGGGCAAGCGUGUCCAGGCUCUGAUAGCAUGGCGCAGUGUUCUGCCAUCUGGCGAGGCUCCCAGCUCCUCAUGGGAGCGGGACCUCACACAUUCUCAGAGGUGCAGAAUUAGAAUUAUCAUAGUAACAGAAGACUUGACUUGUCCAUUAACAUUUUCUUUUGCCCCUGGGCCAAGGGAGGAGGUGUUCUGCGUCUUCUGGGAACACAGUCAGAAUGGAUAUGGUCACUGGUCCACCAAGGGCUGCAGGAUGGUAGACACCAGAGACACCAGCACCACCUGCCAGUGCACCCACCUCAGCAGUUUUACCGUCCUCAUGGCCCACUAUGAUGUGCAGGAAGAGGAUCCCAUGAUGGCUCUGAUCACCUACCUGGGACGGCUGUCUCUGCUCUGCCUCCUCCUGGAAACCCUCACCUUCCUGCUCUGCAAAGCCAUCCAGAACACCAGCACCUCACUCCACCUGUAGCUCUCAAUCUACCUCUUUCUGGCCCACCUGCUCUUCCUCAUGGCCAUUGACCGGACUGAGCCCCAAGUGCUGUGCGCCAUCAUUGUGGGUGCCUUACACUAUCUCUACCUGGCUUCCUUCACCUGGAUGCUGCUGGAGGGUCUGCAUCUCUUCCUCACUGCACACAACCUGAUGGUGGUCAACUACUCCAGUGUGAGCAGGGUGAUGAAGAAGCUCAUGUUCCCUGUGGGCUAUGGAGUCCCAGCUAUAAUUGCUGCCAUUUCUGCCUCAUCCAGGCCUCACCUUUAUGGAACACCCACCCAAUGUUGGCUCCACACAGACAAAGGAUUCAUAUGGACAUUCCUUGGCCCCAUCUGCUCUAUCUGCUCUAUUAAUUUGGCUUUCUUUCUGAUGACCUUUUGGAUUGUGACAAACAAGCUCUCCUCACUCAACAGUGACAUGUCCACCCUCCAGAACACAAGGAUACUAACAUUUAAAGCCACAGUUCAGCUGCUCAUCUUGGACUUCACAUGGUGUCUGGGCAUCCUGAAGGUGGGUCCAGCUGCCCAUAUCAUGGCUUACCUCUUCACUAUCAUCAACAGCCUGCAGGGAGUCUACAUCUUCCUGGUGUACUGCAUCCUCAGUCAGCAGGUCCAGGAACAAUACAAGAAAUGGUUCAAAGGGAUAAGGAAAACAAAAGCUGAGUCUGAGAAGUACAUGCUGUCAAGUGGGACCAUGUCUGAUACCUCCAAACACAGUGUGGCCCCUGAAUUCUGUUUACCCUCAAAUCUGAGCAAGUACCAAAAAAGUGGAACAUACCCUUCCCAUCAACCUUUCCUGGGAAUUGGCUGACCACAGCAAGACCCUCUUUUUGUCACAACACACUGAUGAUUUCCCCUUAUUUGUCCAGCUUCCCCUCCAAAAAUGCUGCUUAUUCUGUCUGCUUCCUCCUUUACCCUAUAAAAUAAAAACAUUUUUCUGUAUUUUGAGAUGCUCAUCGAUUUCUGAGAUCAGAAACUUCUCCCUGCUGCAAUAGUCCUUCUAAGUAACUUGUCUCUUUAUUCAAGCCCAGAUUUAAAUUUAUUGGACAUAAAACACAGAA